AUGAUCUUGAGUCAACCUAUUUCAUUUAAAACAAAUAUUGAAGAAUUAUCAGAACUAUGCUCGAUUGUUACAUGCUCGCUCUGUAGAUACUUGGAUAUAGACCGACAAAAGAACCUAACUGUGUUUUGUUACAAAUUGCUAUCAUGUAUCGAUAUAUCUCCGUCAGUGAUAUACACAGGUCUAAAAUACAUCCAAUCGAUCCUGGCAAACAACUAUCAAUGUGUAGAUGAAUAUUCUUUAUUUACUGUUACAUUACUACUGGCGUACAAGUACACAGAGGAUUACUCACCACCCAAUAUGUUACAGUGGUCAUUUGUAUCCAUGAUACCCGUAAAAACCUUAAUUUCAUUAGAAACAAAACUACUACAACACUUAGACUAUUCACUUCACAUUUCUGCAGAAACAUUCAUGCUUUGGACUGAAGAAUGCAACGUAUUAUGUAAUUUACAACAACAAUCUCUAAUAGACAUCUAUCAUAACUAUUACUAUGACUACAGCUAUUACUACUACUAUUAUCACCAUUACACCCUUAACACUUAUCCUACUUUAUCAUCUCAUCUCAUGUAUGAUGAGGCAUAUCAAGAUGAUGUCUGUUCACAAACACAAAUACCCGUCAUCAGCUCAAAUGACAUGUGGUAUCCAUUCUUUUUAUAA